AUGCGUAAGUGUUUGAAGAAUGCGAAUUCUUUCUCGCGUCGGCGGAGAGACCAUUUUUCGGCGGAGUCAUUUUUGAUGUCUUUUAUAAAAAUUACAGCAUGUUACAAGGCCCAAAGUUCUUUACUACGGUGAAAUUAGGCUUGUCACAUAUGAUAAGUUGUAACCUGUUAGUCCCGGUAGCUAAAGAAAAUUUUCCAAUCGGAUUCCCAAAAGCCGAGCCCCCAAAAUGGCUUCCGCCGACAAAAGUCUUGCCGAGCCUUUGCCAAUGUGUGAAACGUCAAACUAUUGAGACUACCAGAUUACAUCUUAUCAAAUACAAAAAACCUUAUUUCAUCCGCAGUAAGGAUGUCUGGGCUUUGUAAGAACAGAAAAUUACAAAAAAAUGCAAUUGUGUUGUCUCCGCCGAAAAAUGGUCUCUCCGCCGACGCGAGAAAAUUUUUUUUUGUCUAUUCUAAAAACGGUUUUUUGUAAAUUAAAUUCCAAAAAUUUUUUUAGCUCCAGUCCACAAAUUGCCCUAUAAUCACAACAUAAUCCAUCUAGACAACUCUACGUACAAGAAUUUAUGUUACUGUAGCUAUGGCGAUGACUUUUGCGAGUACAAUAAGACCUGUAUAAAGCACGGAAAGGCUGCUUGUUAUCAUGCAGUGGAAGAAGUAAGACUUUCAGUUCGUAUUUUAUGUUUUUAGGUGUUUAAUCAAGAACUGGGGAGGAUGGAAACCUGGCAUUCUUAUGGAUGCGCCCCUCUGGAGGGGGGGUCUGAUGGCUCCGAUCUUACUGUAAGUUGACAAUCAUAGCCUCCAAGUGGGUCUAAAUAUUUAUUAAAAAUUUUGUAAUUUAAUCUUAAUUCAAGUGUCAAUCGUGGAAGUUAUCACACGCAGUUCCCCGAAGUAUUGCGUGUUGUUAUGAAGGGGCUUACUGUAACUUGAAUAUUACCCCACCGGAAUAUGUAAACGUGCCAAUGACUGAUGACGAAGGUGAGAAUUUAUUUUUGUAUUUGUGUUAUGCUUCUCUUGGCGCAAUGAAACUUGUAUUCAGAGAGCACAUUCAAGCUGAGCAAUCGGCGAAACGCCCUUUUGAUCUUCAUGGCGAUCGGAUCUCUGAUUGGCGCGGUUCUCAUAAUUUGCGUGAUUUUGAUGCUCAAAUGUCUUAAACGAAAUGGUAAGGCAAAUCAAAGCAUAUAAUCGUAUUACCUCUAAUUAUAAUAUUAUGUAAUGGAUAUUGUUUCAGGCAAGUUGAAGAAGUCUUUGCCCAAUCAAACCGCUUUACUUGGUCUUGGAGACAAUGAAAAGAGUUACUGUGGAUCAGAGUGCACUUGGGAGUAAGUUGACUUCUUACAAUAAGGUUCCUUUACCUUCGAUUUUACAUUUUGUCAUUUCAGAAGCGGUUCAGGCUCCGGAUCUGGAUUAGUCACCCUGAAUCAGCGAACGAUUGCGUUGAAUCUUACCAUGUUAGAGCUAGUGGCCAGAGGAAGAUACGGCGAGGUCCGAAGAGCUAUUUACAGGGAUUCCAUUGUGGCUGUGAAGGUAUGAUAUACCACAUUUUGUAUGCUAAAUAUUAUCUUAGACCUUCUACACAACCGAAGAAGAAUCCUGGAAAAAUGAAAGGGAUAUUUACCAGACUCAGAUGCUCAACCACGAAAAUAUAUUACGUAAGUUUAUUGUAGCGCCAUCGUAUGCUUACAUUUUGUAGAAUAUGUGGCGUCCGACAUUAGCAGUAAUGUCGAUGCUCUCACUCAGAUGUUGUUGAUCACAGAUUAUCAUCCAUUGGGAUCCUUGUACGAUUAUUUGAGGAAAAGCGAGCCAUUGACGUUGAAAGAAGCCUUAGGGCAUAUUCAGAGGUAAGAGUGAAUCACCUGUUUAUAUUCAUAUUUAUAGCUCUUUGAUAUUUACUUUAAUCUUGCAGUAUAUGCGCUGGUCUUGAGCAUCUUCAUAAUGCUGUUCAUGGGACUGGAAGUCGCCGAAAGCCUCAGAUUGCUCACAGGGAUCUCAAGUCUAAGAAUGUUAUAGUCAAAAGAAGAGGAGUCUGCUGUAUCGCUGAUUUUGGACUGGCCGUUCGCUUGUGAGUUCCACCACACUCUGAAAUGUUAUUUUUUAGAGAAGAAGAUGUGAUUCUCCCUUCAAAAUUGAAUGUUCAAGUGGGAACGAAGCGAUAUAUGGCGCCAGAGAUUCUAAAUAAUUCCUUGAAUGUCCGAAACUUUGAUGAAUUCAAGAUGGCCGACGUUUAUUCGUUUGCCUUGGUUAUCUGGGAAAUAAUCAAUAGGAUACAGGUGAGAUCAGUGGCUCAUAAAAAGAACCCAUUCCCUAUUUUAGACUUCCAAAAGCCAUGGAGCUCCUCGAACUCACAAAAGGAUGAUCAGUUUCUCAUCAAGUUCGGGUAUCGCGACAAGUUCCGGGGCUAGUUACGCGCCUCUAAGAUAUCGGCCUUCAUUUGAGUUGCAUCGAUCAAGGGACUCUUGUAAUACGGCGACAGUAAGAGACGCUAAGCCUUAGCUAAAAUCAAAUGUAUUUUCUAGACGAUAGAAGCGCGACCUCCAAGUCUGCCGUAUCAAAAUCUAGUGGACAGUGAUCCCUCCUUCGAUCAGAUGAGACAAUGUGUUUGUUACGAAAAGAAGAGGCCAUUCCUGGAAGAUGAAUGGACCAAUGGCUCCAAUGUAAGGAACUAGCAUUUUAUUUUCACAUAACUAUUACUAAGUAUUACAUAAGCUGUUUUAGGAAGUCCUAAAAGAGCUGACGGACAUGAUGAAGGAGUGCUGGGCCGAGCGAGCAAAGAGUAGGCAUACUGCUUAUAAAAUCAAGAAAGAAGUCAACGAAUUGAUGGAAAUCGCGAAUCUGAUCGACGAUGAGUCCAUUCCGGAAGAGACCAAGGCCCUCCGAUCUGAUCUUAAUUAUUCCCAGUCAGUGCUAAAUCCCAAUGUCAACAUCGUUUAG